AGUACUGGUAGUGCUAGGCAAUGCAAUCAGACAAGAAGAAGUCAAACAAGCAUGCCCAGUGGAAAAGAAGAAGUUAAAGUGUCAUUAUUCGCAGAUGGCAUGGUGCCAAGGGUGGCCCACACCCCAGAUGAGGGUGCACUUCCGCGUGACAAGGUUCCUCCAGGAGGCAGGUGUCAAGCUAGGGAUGCACUCCAUUCCCCUUGCCACCGCCUGUGCCACUUACCAUAAGUUCUUCUACGAGAUCAACCAGGACGUCUAUCACUCCUACUUGGUCGCCAUGUCUGCCCUUUACUUGGCUGGCAAAGUGGAAGAACAGCCCCUGCAAACCCGUGACAUCAUCAACGUUUCCAACAGAUACUUCCACCCGGGCAGCGAGCCCUUGGAGCUGGACUCCCAAUUAUGGGUGAUCUGGGACAGCAUUGUGCAGUGCGAGCUCCUUGUGCUGCGGGUACUGCGCUUCCAAGUCUCCUUUCAGCACCCACACAGGUACCUGCUCCACUACCCGAUUUGCCUCAAGAACUGGCUGAAUCCUUACAGCUGGAAACAGACCCCCAUCUCCGUCACUGCCUGGGCCUUGCUGUGGGACAGCUACUGCGGGGGGCUGUGCGUCUGAUUCCAUGCUCAGCACAUAGGGGUGGCAGUGCUCCACCUGGCCCUGCAGGUCUAUGGGGUCCAGGUGCCCACCGAGGCUGAGGCCGAGAAGCAAUGGUGGCAGAUUUAUACCAUGGGCACAGAGAUCUCCGAAGGCCCUGGCCCAGGCCCAAAGAGAAGCCUGGGACGCUCGGCUGCCAGGCGACAGAACCACCACAUCGCCCUGAAG